AUGAGCUCCCAAGACGAGUUGAUGGAAGUUGAAUUGAUAGAGGGGAACCCUGCAAAGACGACCAAGAUACCACGGGGGGAAAAUGGAAGGGCCGACCUACUUUCGAAAAUGGCGGUGUCGCUUGUUGAUUGCCGAUCUCGCUCGGUCACGCUGAUGGAUAUGACUAAGAGUACCUUAGACCAAGUGCUGGAGGUUGAGGAGCAAAAGGAUUGGAGGUCGCCUCUAAUACAAUGGUUGCAGGAGCCUGUCACGGGAAAGGAUAUCAGAGAAACUCCCUUAUCCCGGCAUGACAGCAGCUUCUUCUCUGGUUCGGACAAGAUGGUGUUCAGAAGUCAGGACGACAGGCGGUUGUCUGGUCGGAGCUCCGGUCUGCGAGAAGCGUCGACGUCGAGAUGGUGCAGUGGUGAGGUGGUGGACGUGCAGCGAAGCUCCAAGCUCUUUCAUGGCGGACGUCCACUACUCUCAUGA